GUAGUCUAUUUCCUUCUUUAUAGCUUUGUCUUUUCUGGAUAUUUCACAUAAAGAGAACCAUACAAUAUGUAGUCUCUUGUAUCAGGCCUCUUCGAGCAUGUUUUUGUGGUUUAUCCACACUGUAGCAUGCAUGCAUAGUCUGUUCCUUUUUAUUGUUGAAUAGUAUUUCAUAUAUAGAAAGAGCAUAUUUUGUCUGACAUUCACUUGUUUUUGGACACUUAGGUUGUUUCCAGAUGGACUCUUAUGAGCCUUGUUGCUAAUAACAUUCCUGUGCAAGAACAUUCCUGUGGAUACACAUUCACUUCUCUUAGAUUGAUAUCUAAAACUGAAACUGCGGGAUCACAUGGUAAAUUUAUAACAUUUUAAGGAACUGCCAAACUGUUUCCAAAGUGGCUGUACCAUUUUACAUUCCCAUCACCAGCGUAUGAACGGUCCUGUUUCUCAUCUCUCUCCAAAACUUAUUUUAAAAUAUGCCCAUUAUGUAAAAAAUAAUCCAAAAUAGGUUUUAAAAUAGGUUUUGAGAAAAUGACCCUCUUUCUCAAAAACUGUGGUCCUCCAAAGGGCAGAGGGCGCUCCAAGCCAGGGCCUCUUCUCCUAGUUCUUAUAGCGCCAUCUUAGCGAGAUCCCCGUUGCUAGGAGACGGAGAUGCGUCUUUAGCCUUGGGAGCCCUGCCUUACUGCUCUCCCAGGCUCUCCCUUACCUGAGGACUGAGAUUUAAGGUUCCAUUACCCGCCAGGGGCAUUUCCAGAAGGCUCCUUUCUGGGGACGUUUUCCUCCUACCCCCUCUAGUUCUGGCCAAGGCAGGCCGAGGAUCCUCGCCCAGAUCCAGUUCCUCACCCAAGCUAUGUCUAAGAAGGGGAAAAAGGCCAAGAUUCCCCUGUCGGAUGAGGAGCAGCUGCUUCUGUUUCAGCAGAAGUUGCUUGCAGAGGAGGAGAUGGCCAAGAAGAAAGAGAGGCUCCUGAACCAGUUCUUGAAGGACAAGCUGGCCAAGGAGGAGCACAACAGUGCUAUGAACCUUAAUAAGAUUAAUACUCAAUGGAGAACAGUCCUUCGGGAAGUCAAGACCAGGGAGCUUCAUAAGGACAUUGAGAUCCUCAGCCAAACCUUUGAACGAGUGGUGGACUGCAAGGACAGUGUCAUCAAGUCUUUAGCGAAGGACCUGUCAGAAGCAGAGGAGCAGUACGCCCACGCCCUGCGCAGCCACUUGCACAACAUUGACCAGCUCUUGGCCCUGCAGAGAUGCCGGCUCAGCCUCCUCGAGGAAAAUUACAACAUGGAGCUGGAGUCCCUAACCAAGGAGUUUGAGACAGAAAGGAAGACAAUUGUUGACCAGCAUGAAAAAGAGAUUCGCUACCUACAAGAUGUCUUCAUGGCCAUGGAGCAAAACUAUAUAGAUUCUGAGUAUGAAAGCAAGCUGGAGUUCCAGAGCAUGUGGGAUGAUCUCAAAAACAAGAAUUUAGAAGAGAAGCACUUUUUAAGACUGCAACUGGAGAAUGCGGUAGAAGAUCUAUGGAGGAGAUUCCAGGAUGCACUCAAGAAUUACACUGAUGCCACAGAGGAUCGAAAGAUCGCCUUCGAGACUCUAAAGGUGAAGGACGAGAGGAGCUCCAAAGAGAUUGAAGCACAGAUGAAAAAAAUACAGAGACUACAGGAUUCCAUAAUUAUUUUAAAAGGCAAGAUCAUGGUGCACAGCCGCGAGAGUGAAGAACAGAACCAGGACAUUCGUGAUGACAAGGAGUUGGUCCUUGUACAACUGCAAAAACUGAAGGCCCAAAGGACUCAGGCCCGGGGAGUAUCACAGGAGAACUUGGUCAGACUCACCCUGGAAAGUAAUGCCACCCUCAAGGCCCUGAGGAGGACUGUCGACAAGGGUGAAAAGAUCCUUAAACUUGCUGAAAUAUGUAGGAAGUUUGAAACAGAGGAAGAAAAAGUGCUACCUUUCUAUUCUUCAGUAUUGACUCCCGAGGAGCAGGAAGAAAUAGAGAAAACUGACCCAGAGGAGUUUAAUGAGGAGCUUGCAAAGGCAAUAGUAGACUACACAGGCAUGGAGAAUUUCUGGAAAAGAUACAACAAAGUGAAACUGGAGCAACUGAGUCUCCAACACAGACGCACCCAGUUGUUAAAAAUCAACGAGAAGCUGCGGGAGAUGCUCAGGCAGUACUUGGAUGGCAUCUCAGUGAGUGAUGAGGUGCUGAGCCAGCUCAACCCACUCUUCAUUGUCAACCACCGCAGCAACUUACCCCGGCCCUUGUCCACACCUACAGCCGAACCAGGUGACAAAAAACCUCCAACCACUUACAACAUCAUUGAAGCUGCCCAUGUGAUCUCCCACAUCCUGUGAUACAAGGAGAAAAUACCUUUUCAACUCCCAGAGAAUGUUUUGAGAGACCCGAGGACUUUGCUAUUAAAAAUCUCCAUGGAGUUUA